UUUACAAUUUGUGUAGUCUCGCCUUGCAGUUGUCGGCGAACACAUCACAUUUAAAAAUUAUUAUUAUGAGGCUGCUCAAAGUUAUUUCAGUUUGCUUAUUAUUAGUUUACAAUGUGGAGAGCUAUAAGAUACUGGGAUUGUUUCCGACGGCAGGCAUCAGCCAUCACAUUUUAACAUCCAAGUUGAUGGAGGCGUUAGCCGAGGCGGGCCAUGAAAUAACGAUGGUCAGCGCUUAUCCAACAAAAAAUGUGCCGAAACAUUGGAAGUAUACGGAUAUUGUGUUAGAUGGGCUUGCUGAAAAGUUUGAAGAAUUUAUGAAAGACUCCAACUUCUAUGAGUCGGAUAAAGCUAGCCCAAUAGCAAGAAUAAGAAAUAUGACCAAAAUGAUAAUAGACCUGACUAAUGAUACCAUAACUCAUCCCAAUAUGAUCAAACUGACGAAAUCCAAUAAAAAAUUCGACGCACUAAUUAUGGAACAAUUCAACCAAGAUGGUUUAAAAGCAUACGCUUCAAUUUUUAAUUGUCACCAAAUCCUUUUAAGUAGCGUCGGACCCAACUCAUGGGUAAAUCCUACGGUGGGAAAUCCUCAGCCAAUAAGCUAUGUACCGCAUCUGCUUGCUGGUGAUUUUUCAAAAAAUUUAUCAUUCUGGAAUAGAGCGAGGAAUCUGGCAUUGUAUAUAUUCGAAUACCUGAUGUUGACGUUCUACACACAUCCCUUUCAGGAUGAACUUAUAAAAGGAAUAUGCUCUGAUUGCCCACCCGUAAGCGAGUUGCAUACUAACGCCUCAUUAGUAUUACUUAACUCACAUACGAGUAUUUAUGCGGCAUUACCAAUGGUUCCGAACAUGGUGGAAAUAGGCGGAUAUUUUAUUGAUCCACCAAAGGCAUUACCCAAAGAUUUGCAAAAAUUCAUGGAUAAUGCCACUGAUGGAGUUAUUUACUUUAGCAUGGGCAGCAAUUUAAAGAGUAAGGAUCUACCAGAAGCUACGAAAAAUGGCAUUUUAAAAAUUUUCGGUAAAUUAAAGCAACGGGUGAUUUGGAAGUUUGAGGAAGAUCUACCAAACAAACCUGCAAAUGUUUUGAUACAAAAGUGGUGCCCUCAAGCUGAUAUUUUAGCACAUCCCAACAUGAAACUAUUUAUCACUCAUGGAGGUCUCCUCAGCGCCACAGAGACCAUCUACCAUGGUAUUCCCAUUCUUGCCAUUCCAGUUUUUGCUGAUCAGCCUAGUAAUGCAGCACGUGCGGAAGCUGGAGGCUACGGUCUAAAGUUGCACUAUCGCGAAUUUACUAUAGAAAAGUUCGAAAGUCACUUGAAUGAGUUACUGAACAACCCUAAGUACUAUAAAGUGGCUAAGGAACGCUCCAGAAUAUACCAUGAUAGGCCAAUAAAACCUCGAGAUGCGGCAGUGUAUUGGGUAGAGUACGUUUUGAGGCAUAAUGGAGCCCCGCAUUUAAAAGUAGCAGGGAGAAAUCUGGUCUGGUAUAAAUACUUUAUGGUGGACGUGUUUGCGGCUUUGUUUGUUGGUUUUGGAGGUUUUGUAAUUGUGAUGGCACUUUUGGUGAAGAAAGUUUGCUGCCAGUCCAAGAAAAGUAAUGAAAAACAAAAAACUUCUUAAAAAAGGAAAUUCAUUAAAAGGAGCUAAUUGUAAAUUAGGAAAACCAGACAAUUAAUCAUUUUAUAAAAUGUGUUUUGUAUAUAUUUAUAUGUAUUUCUUCGUAAUAUAAUUAACAGGACAUUGGCCUAUAAGGAAA